GAGAAAAGAGUGCCAGCAAUGCCUGGAUCUCCUGUGGAAGUGAAGAUACAGUCAAGAUCCUCACCUCCCACCAUGCCACCCCUGCCACCAAUAAAUCCCGGAGGUCCCAGGCCAGUGUCAUUUACUCCUACAGCAUUAAGCAACGGUAUCAACCAUUCUCCUCCUACCCUGAAUGGUGCCCCAUCACCACCACAGAGAUUCAGCAAUGGUCCUGCCUCUUCCACAUCAUCUGCACUAACAAAUCAACAGUUACCAGCCACUUGUGGUGCUCGGCAGCUCAGCAAAUUGAAACGCUUCCUUACCACUCUGCAACAGUUUGGCAAUGACAUCUCACCUGAGAUUGGGGAGAAGGUGCGGACUCUUGUUCUAGCACUGGUGAACUCAACAGUAACAAUUGAAGAAUUCCAUUGCAAGCUCCAAGAGGCUACAAACUUUCCUCUUCGUCCUUUUGUGAUUCCAUUCCUCAAGGCCAAUCUGCCCCUGCUGCAGCGAGAACUGCUGCACUGCGCUCGAGCCGCCAAGCAGACCCCAUCCCAGUACCUGGCUCAGCACGAACACCUUCUGCUCAGCACAAGUAUUGCGUCACCUGCUGAUUCUUCCGAGCUGCUCAUGGAAGUGCAUGGAAAUGGAAAGAGGCCCAGUCCAGAAAGGAGGGAAGAGAACAGUUUUGAAAGAGAUACAGUUCCUCCUGAGCCUCCGGCCAAGAGAGUGUGCACCAUCAGCCCUGCUCCCCGGCACAGUCCUGCCCUCACUGUGCCCCUCAUGAAUCCUGGGGGCCAGUUCCAUCCUACUCCUCCACCUCUUCAACACUACACCUUAGAAGAUAUUGCAACUUCACAUCUGUAUCGUGAGCCCAACAAGAUGCUAGAACAUCGAGAAGUUCGUGAUAGACACCACAAUCUUAGUCUAAAUGGAGGCUAUCAAGAUGAGUUGGUAGACCACCGUUUGACAGAAAGGGAAUGGGCUGAUGAAUGGAAACAUCUUGAUCAUGCUCUGAAUUGCAUUAUGGAAAUGGUAGAGAAGACAAGGCGCUCCAUGGCAGUUCUGCGGCGCUGUCAGGAAUCUGAUCGUGAAGAACUCAACUACUGGAAAAGACGAUGUAACGAAAACACAGAGAUGAGGAAGACAGGGAGCGAGUUGGUCUCCAGGCAGCACAGUCCUGGGAGCGCCGAUUCUCUCAGCAAUGAUUCGCAGCGGGAAUUCAACAAUAGGCCAGGAACAGGAUAUGUACCUGUGGAGUUUUGGAAAAAAACUGAAGAAGCUGUGAAUAAGGUGAAAAUUCAGGCCAUGUCAGAAGUACAGAAAGCUGUUGCUGAGGCAGAACAAAAAGCCUUUGAAGUGAUUGCAACAGAGAGAGCUCGGAUGGAGCAAACCAUAGCGAACGUCAAACGGCAGGCUGCGGAGGAUGCCUUCCUCGUCAUAAAUGAGCAAGAAGAGUCAACAGAGAACUGCUGGAACUGUGGCCGCAAAGCCAGUGAGACGUGCAGCGGCUGCAAUAUUGCGCGCUACUGCGGCUCCUUCUGCCAGCACAAGGACUGGGAGCGCCACCACCGCCUCUGUGGCCAGAGCCUGCACGGCCAGAGCCCCCACGGCCAAGGCCGGCCGCUGCUCCCGGCAGGCAGGGGCUCCUCAGCCAGGGCCGCCGACUGCAGUGUGCCCAGCCCAGCUCUGGACAAGACCUCGGCCGCCACCUCACGCUCCUCGACGCCCGCCUCUGUGACAGCCAUCGACACCAACGGACUCUGAACCCAGGCUCCCUUCCCUCUGAUGACCUCACAGCGCAGCAGGAUGUGGCACUGGGGGCCUGGCCGUGGGAACCAGUGCAAUGAGCUGUCGGGUCAUCAGCCAAAAGUGAAGUGGAGGCAGGAAGAGUGCAAGCCCAGCAAACACUGCUCCACGGCCUCU